AUGAAUGGCCCUCUCUUCUGGGGAAGAAUCCAUGAGCCACAUGAUGACGGGGAUGUUGUAGGUGACGCCCUGGAAGAAGAUUGGGACGGUGCCGUGGCCUGGAGGAGGUUGACCGUCGUUGUGGGUGAAGACGGCGGUCUUGGGCUGCAGGGAGGGGUAGGUCUCGAUGAGUUCCCACAAACGAUGAACAGGCGGAGCGUGUGGAACAGAGCCUCUGUUUAUCUGUAUAUCUCGAUUGCUGUUCGGAUUAACAGGCGGCGCGUGUGUACACGAAAUGCAUCUUGUAACGGUAACCCUCCUGACGCCGUUGAUCAGGUUAGUGACGUGGCUGAGCGCCGUGCGAAUUGCGACGGUUGUUACCCGGCUGCUAAACCAGGCGUUCACCUUCAGCUUCUUCUUUCCGGUGGCCUCGUCGGUGAUGAUAUAGAAAUAGAAAUCGAGGUUCAGGCGGGCGUAGUGGACGGCAGGGUUCUCGGUUGCUUGAGGAGGCGUCGUCGGAAUCGCUCAGCAGCACAAGGUCGUUUCAGUCGCGCGCUAAUCUUGCCGGAAGAGCUGAAGCUUCAGGUCGCUGGAAUUGUUGCUGGGCUGCGACGUAGGAAGAUGAGGCUCGCUGUUGCUGCUCGUUUCCGCCGAGAAGGGAGAGAGACGAGGGGAAUUUUGAGGAGGUAG